AUGAUUAAAAAUAAACAUGAUGAUAUUGAUGAUCCUGCUGAAGUUUUAAAAAUAGUACGAUUAACUGUAAAGGAAGCCAAUCAAAGAGCACAAAAACUUCAAAAUCAAACAACACAACAAUUGGUUCAAAGAGUUAAAGAUUUAAAAUAUUGGUCAUCAGAAAUAGAUAGAGAACUCCUGGAUUUGGCUGAGGAUAAUGAGGAUAUGCAAAGAUAUUUUCGAAGACUUCUAACAUGUAUGGAUGUAACUCAGGAGGCUUUAAAAGUUAAUGAACAAUGUUUUGCUGUUAGAAGAAAACGUGUUCAUGUUGACUCAGCUGACCAUGUUGAUAAGGCACUAGCAAAGGAGAAAGAUACCAUUCAUGAUGGAAUGAGGCAAAUGAAAGAAUUUAAUAGUAUUAUUGAAAAACAAAUUGAAAUAAAUGAAAGUGCAAAGAAUAGAUUAAACAGAGAUUUUAUGUUAAAACAAGAAGCUAUAACAUUAGAUCAUCGUUCUGCAGCUCUAGGUAUACAAAAAACCUACAAUAAAAGAAUGGUUGAUGGUAAUUUUGAGAUUCGAGAUGGUGUUCCAUUACAAAGGAUGUCUGAGUAUGGAGAGUGGGUUGAAAAUACCUCAGCUAACCUAAAUCAAUCAGCUAAAGCUCGGGCAAGAUCAAGAAAAAUCAUCCAAAAAAUGGUUCAGUCAAUUAAAGAGGUUGCUCAGGCUUUAAGACAAGAAGCUACUGCUGUUGAGGGAACAUUAAAAGAUUCCAUUAGAUUAUGGAGUGAGUGGCGUGAUAUGUUACAGGGACAGGUAGCUGAAAAAGACAAAGAAAUAAAAAUAGCUGAUUCUGCUAUUAAUGAAAUUCAAUUAUCUCUUAAAUUAAAAGGAUCACCAUUACAAUUAGCAUUGACACGCCAAAAUCAAAGAGGACUUAGACCUGGAAUAGAGUUAUGUAAUGAUAAAGCACAACAUGCUCUUCAAAUAGAGUUAAACAAUUUGAAAGCAUCAAUGUUAUCACUUGAACAUCAAUUAGAUAAAGCUAAGGAUAGUCGAAGGAAGAUGGAUAAUGAGAGAUAUCGUUUACAAAGAAAAUUUGAAAUAUGCCAACAAAAUGCUAUAAUUGACAAUGAAGUUCUUAGAAAUAUACGUAGUUUGUAUCCUCAAGAAAUACAGUUAUCAGGUUUCUUAGUCAAUGAUACUUUAAAAAAUUUAAAAUGA